UUAGCGCCUCCCCGUAAGUGUAGUCAGGAAGUGGCGAGAAUGGCUGCCGAACAGCAGGUUGCGAGUUUACGCGAAGAACUAAUUUGUCCCGUCUGCCUGGAUAUCUUCACCGAUCCGGUGUCCCUGCAGUGCGGGCACAACUUCUGCCGCUCCUGUAUCACACUGUGCUGGGAAAGAGACGGGAGAAACUCCUGCCCGGAAUGUAGAGCGGAAUUUGCAGACGGCACCCUCAUUGUGAAUUGGGCCUUGUCAAGUCUGGCUGAGAAAACUCAAACAUUAAACCUGAAUCAGAAAGUGAAGGAAAGUAAACUUCACUGCGAGAAACAUCAGGUAGAACUGAAGCUGUUUUGUGAAACUGACAAGAAACUGAUCUGUGUGAUCUGUCGAGACGCGCGGGAACACAGAGAUCACCGCUUCAUACCGAUAGAAGAAGCCGUUGAAAACUACAAGGCUCAGAUGAAAUCUUCCAUAGAAUCUCUCACGAAAAAAAAUUCAGAGAUACAGGAAAUGGAACAAUUGCAGAAAACAAAGAUUUCUGGAGUUAGGGCACAGUCCCACAGUCUGCAGUCCCACAUCACAUCACACUUCAAUAAAAAGCGACAGAUUCUCGCUGAGGAAGAGCAGCGUUUACUCAAAGAUCUCGGGGAAGCAGAGGCGAAGAGUCUAGAUAUAAUGGAGAAACAUCUUCAAGCAAUUCAAGAGAAAUUAAAUUCCAUUCAGGAGAAACUCACAAAGCUACAGGAACAGAUGGAUCAAAAAGACAGUGUGAUAUUUCUAAUGGUGAGAAUUUAUUUUCAUUUUUGGCCAAACCAAGUGCCCACAGAAAAUGCACAACUUCUCGGGAAUAAGUGGAGACCUUGACACUAAAUGUUUGAUUGUUUCUCUGUUUCCCAAGUUAAAUAUUGCCUUUAAACUGACACUAAAAUCCAGGUACACUUGCAUGCUGUGAGUGUGUCUGGUGCAGCGGGUGUGAGAGGCAGUGCAUGAAUUAAUGGGAACUGACAUUCAGUUACAGAACUUGACAUUUAUGCCAGAUAUAUAUAAUCUAAAUCCUGUUUGUAUAAUCAGUGUUUCAUAACUUUGGGGUGUUUUGCUUGACCCAUCGUAUGAAAUCCUUUGAUAAUGUAAAAACCAUUAUCAAUACAUUCCUUUU